AUGGAUCCUACAAAUGACCCCAACUUCACCCCUCCAUCAUUGAAUAAGAACAUUGAGCCUACAGCUCCUUCAAGCCAAAUACCUAAAAAUAUUCCUAUUGAGCCACUAGUUUUGGCGGAUUUGGGUAAUGCGAUGGAUGCACCUUCACCGCACCCAUCAUCAGGCAGCUCGAGAAUUCAUAUGGUCCACGAGGACACGAAGGACGAGCAAUAUAAGUCCAAGAUUCCUAGAAAGCAUACUGAUUUGGUGAAUUCGUCUUCGGACGAGGAUGUAUGCAUGCCGGAGGUUUUACCACCAUCGGCCAAGGUUAAGAGUACACAGAUAGCUGAUUUGGAAGAGGUGCCACAAGGGAUCCAGAGACAGGCAAAGACGUUGGAAGAGUAUAAGUUCCCGACACAUAGAUUAGGUACUACAAUGCGGGACGAUACAAAGUACCCAUUGGUCAUAGUUGCAUGCGGGUCUUUUUCGCCCAUUACAUACUUGCACUUAAGAAUGUUUGAGAUGGCGUUAGAUGCCAUAUCGGAGCAGACCCGUUUCGAGGUUGUAGGAGGAUACUACAGUCCGGUGAGUUCGAAUUACAAAAAACAAGGUUUGGCACCAGCACAUCACCGUGUUCGUAUGUGUGAAUUAGCAUGUGAACGGACAUCAUCUUGGUUGAUGGUAGAUGCAUGGGAGUCAUUGCAGCCAAAGUACACUAGAACAGCGUUGGUGUUGGACCAUUUCAACGAAGAGAUCAAUAUCAAGAGAGGGGGAAUUAUGACUCAAUCGGGCGAAAAGAGGGGGGUCAAAAUUAUGUUGCUAGCAGGUGGUGAUUUAAUUGAAUCAAUGGGAGAACCAGAUGUAUGGGCAGAUCAAGACUUGCAUCAUAUUUUAGGAAAAUACGGUUGUCUUAUUGUCGAAAGGGCAGGUGCUGAUGUUAGAAGCUUUUUAUUGAGUCAUGAUAUAAUGUACGAGCAUAGGAGAAACUUUUUGGUUAUUAAACAAUUGAUAUAUAACGAUAUUUCUUCCACUAAAAUCAGGCUAUUUAUUAGACGGGGUAUGUCGGUCCAGUACCUUUUGCCAAAUUCCGUGAUCAGGUAUAUCCAAGAACACAAGUUGUAUAUUAAUGAAACUGAGCCUGUGAAGCAAGUUAUGGCUGAUAAAAUGGAUUGA